CAUAAGUUAUGAGUCAUGCUCCGCCUUAGAAUUAUCAGUGAUGAAAAUGGGAGAUGGUAGCGGCAGUGAAGAAUUUUCCGCAUUAUUUAAGGCCUAUGUACUAGAUGAACAUCGAGGAGAGUUGCUGGAAAUCCUGGAGGCUGAAGAUGAUGGGGAGCAUUAUUCUGUCACAGUCAAUGCCUUGACUCUUUUUGAGAGCAGUGUCUUACUUUGUGAUGGCCUCCUCUCCCAUCCUGCCCAGGUUCUCGCUCUCUUUGACACAGGCCUGGUUAAUGCUCAGAAAACACUGCUGGAUGCCUACAAGGAUACAGCUGACCAAAUGACUUUGAAAGAUAAUGUUCAUGCUCGGAUCACAGCGCUGCCAGUCUGCCCAGAGCUCACACGAACCAACAUACCCAAAACAUCUGAUGUGGACAGCUUUCUAUCCAUCACAGGAACUGUUAUCCGUACAACUGUGCCCAAGAUCCUAGAGUAUGAGAAGGAUUACCUGUGUGGGAAAUGUAAACAUAUGUUCACUGUGCAGGCCGACUUUCAGCAGCACUACUCCUUGUGUCGUCCAACAAGAUGUCCUAAUGAAGCAGAACAGUGCAAGUCUACAAACUUUGCUCCGGUCAGUGACAGAGGUGCUCCACCAAUGAAAUGUCGGAAUUACCAAGAGAUAAAGCUGCAGGAGCAGGUUCAGCGGCUGGCGGUGGGAACAAUCCCGCGCUCCAUGUGGAUAACCCUGGAGGACGACCUGGUGGACAGCUGUAAAGCCGGGACGAUACUAAUCUGUUGUAGUGGUAUAGUGUUGAGGCGGUGGAUGCCAGCUGUGAUGGACGUCAGGUGUGACAUAGAAGUGGUCAUUCGGGCCAACCAUGUGCUUGUCACUAAUGGUCAGAGGAAUAGUAUACUGGUCACUCCAGAAUGGAAAGCUGAGUUUGAAGAAUUCUGGGAGAAGCACAAGAACUCUCCACUGACCGCUAGAAAUCAGAUCCUGGCCAGUCUCUGUCCACAGGUGUAUGGCCUGUAUGUUGUCAAGCUGGCAGUAACCCUGGCACUGACUGGUGGCGUACAGAGAAACAAUGCUUCAGGUAGCCGUGUGAGGGGGGAAAUCCACAUGCUGUUAGUGGGAGAUCCAGGAACUGGAAAGUCGCAGUUCCUGAAGUAUUCCUCCAAGAUCACACCUCGGUCAGUGUUGACCACUGGGAUAGGGAGCACUAGUGCAGGACUGACUGUUACAGCGGUCAAGGACAGCGGUGAGUGGCAGUUGGAGGCUGGAGCCCUGGUGUUGGCUGAUGGAGGGUUGUGCUGCAUAGAUGAAUUUAACAGUAUCCGGGAACAUGACCGUGCCAGCAUACAUGAGGCCAUGGAGCAGCAAACCAUCAGUGUCGCCAAGGCUGGGCUGGUGUGUAAGCUGAACACAAGAACUACCAUCCUGGCUGCCACAAACCCCAAAGGGCGAUAUGAUCCUAACCAGUCAAUCAGCGUGAACAUUGCCCUGGCCAGUCCCCUAUUGAGCAGAUUUGAUCUGGUACUAGUAUUGCUGGACUCGCAGAAUGAGGAGUGGGACAGGGUUGUUUCUAACUACAUUUUGGAGGACAAAAAGCCAUCAGGUGACAUGGAUGUGAAGAGUCUGUGGAGCAUGGAAAAAAUGCAGGUGUACCUGUCCUACAUCAAAAGUAUCUCCCCUAAGCUGACAGAUGGGGCCGGCAGAGUGCUACAGGAGUAUUACCGCGCCCAGAGAGGAGCGGACCACCGUAAUGCAGCAAGGACAACAGUUAGGCUGCUAGAAAGUAUGAUCAGACUCUCUCAAGCUCAUGCUCGGCUGAUGUUUCGAGACAAGGUGACAGUGCUUGAUGCAGUGGUGGCUGUAACACUAAUGGAGUCUUCCAUGCAGGGAGCGGCCCUCAUGGGGGGCAUCAAUGCUCUCCACACCUCAUUUCCGGACCAGCCCGAGGAGGAGUACAAACUGCAGGUGGAGAUAGUCCUGAACAGAUUAAGCCUGGGUGAUUUACUGGAGGAAGAGUUGAGAAGACUGGCAGCUGAGGAGCAGUUGUCAGGAAGCCAGGGAUCAGGUGGAACAUCUCCUGGGCCAAGUGUGGGUGGGAACAGCAGGGAGGGACAGUCCGCGAACAGCAAGGCUAAGAAGGAAUCCGGGAGUCACAAGAAGCAGGUGCCAGGAAGGGAGACCAAUUCCAGUGAACCUCAUACAGAUGUUACCACAGCUAGACAAAACAUCAUGGGCAGAAGUGAGCAGAUCAGGGGAGACAAUUCUGGGAAGGAUCUCCUUGUUAAUAUUGACAAGGAAAGUCAUGUGAGAACCAACAAUAACAAUGAGUCAAAAGACGAGUCUUUUCUCUUGGAUACGUCAUUGACAGACCUCCUAACUGAAAGCACGGAGCAGAGGUUGUUCCAGAGAGGGAAUGUCAGGAUACAGAAAAGAAAUGGACGACUGAAAAGGCCUGACAAUACUUGUGAUAAAUCUGGAGAACAGAGUACUGAGACCGAACAAGCAGCAUCUGUCAGUAAUGAUCAUUCAUUCAGCCAGUGGAAGUUCAAACCUAAAUCAAAAUCAAAACUCAAUCACACAAGUACAGAGAUAGCUGAUAAAAGGGCUGUUAACUCUUUGCAAGCUACAUGUGUGUCACAUUCGGGAAAAGCGAGGAUGUCAAAAACACAGAAUCAGAGUGGAAAGGAAGAUGGUCAUUUUGAGUCUGUGAGGUCAAACUUAAAUUUUAGUAUUUCUCAGAAUAUGAAUGGAACUUGUGAUUUUCUGGAUGAUAUAAAUGAUAAAACAGAGGAUGAAUUAGUUGUGGGCAGAAAUUUGGAAUCUGCGUAUACUGAUAAGAUGCCAAUGAGAAAGGAAGCUAGACUUGAUGGUGACCUUCUUAGUGACCUUGAUAAGGAACUUGGCCAUGCAGCAUCAACACCAAUAUCCAAACCUCCAAAUGACAGUGCGCCUAUAUGUAGGUCAGGGGUCUCAAAGAAAACCAUCAGUAAACUCCAUCAGUUUGCCUUCGAGGAAAGUGUAAGGGACAAGCAGACGGACAGUUUUGGUGACAAGGUGGAAAACACGGAAAAGUUGUGGACAAAUGCCCCUCCUAAUAUUUCUGCUAGUUUGUUUUCUGGUGAAUUGUGGCUAGACAAUUCUUUAGAUUCUGAUCUGCUGGACAAUCCACAACAAGAACAACAAUGUUCAAAUAAAACCUUCAGUCAGGAGAAUUCAAACAUCAACCCUGCUAGAAAUAUGAAAAGAGCAGCAGAACUUUUGAGAAGGGGUUUCCCCAAAAGGACUUUGAAGAACGCAACAAAUGUGCAGAAAAGUACACCUACAGCACCACCUAGUGGUCAAUUUUUUAGGGGAGAUAACUCUGCCAAUUCAAGUCAGACCAGUAGCUCAGCUGUAUCUCUUCCCAAGUGGAUGCCCUGUACUCAACUGAAUGGGUCCUCAUUUUUUUCCAGCACAAAUGGUGACAUUUCCGAGGAUGAGUUAGAUUUGGAAACGCCAAUAUGUUCAAACAAAAAACCAAGAUUGAAGUGAAACUUUUGAUGGUUACGAUUUUGUUCACAUGAAUGUCAAAGAAGCUAAUGAUAUUUAAAAAAAUAAAAUUUUGAAAUCAGCAGUUUUAACAUGUGCAAUUUUUGUAACUAAUUUGUAGACAUGAUACAACCCAAACUGAUUGUUUUCCAGAGUGUCCCUAGUGGUAUGCUGUCAACUGGUCUUGUAGUUUGCCUUCAGAAUGGCAGUCAACAUUGGUGGGUACUGUGCAUGUGUGCGUGGUAUAUCACUGGAUCACACAACAAAGCAUCUGUUUUCAUAUCAAAUAAGACAUGUCUCAGUCCCUUCCUCUGGUAGCUAGACUAGCAUACAGGAAGAAUGAUACAUAAGCUUUCUGUACUCGUGAUCCGUGUUUUAAAGGUAUAGUGUAUGGACAUAGUUCAUGUAUGAGGAUGAUGGCUCUGAUACAGUCAUUUACAGACUCGCCCUUCAAAGUCAACACUUCUCUGCUUACCGCUAAAUCAAAAUGUAACCAUUUGGCUUGAUAAAUAUGCGAAAUCAUAUCAACAGGGUAUUCAGAUGGCAAAAUUUCAGAUAUCUCUACCACAGGUUUGUUUGCCAACACAGUAGACACCGUUAGAAAUACGUGUAUGUUAGAUGUAGGGCACAGUGACAGUGAUGUUUGUAAGGACAAAGUUAAUAAAGCAAGAAGCUUAGGCUAAAGCUUUGCUUUAUGUAUCUCUCAGCG